AUAAACUCAUACUCAUACUACUGUCAACAUAAAAUUUGUCAUUAGAAUUCCAUAAAUAAUUUAGUUCCUUAUAUUCUUUUUCUAUAUUUGAUAUGCUUUAAAUUUUAUACAAAACCAAUCCUCGAGAAAAAUGGCCGCAGAAGAUGGUGGUAUAGCGAUGAUCAGCCUGCCACAGUUGGUGGAUUUGGCACUGAACUCGCCAGAGGUUGGAAUAGUGAAUUUCACGAUGCUUCACGCAGUGCUUCAAGUCAUAGUGCACCAGCUCAACUUGGGAAAGUGCAAUAUCGAAUUUAGCGGCAGCGACGGCGAAAGACUGCAAAAUUUCAUAAAGUCGGCCAAACCAGGACCGAUUAUCAAAUUGACUGAAUACACGGUGGACGCUGACGGUAAGGAACGCAAGCAAAAAAUAAAGAAGAAGAAAAGCAAGAGGACCGUAGAUAGAAAAGAUGACAACCAAAAGGAAAUGCAAAUAAACAUCAUAAAAACGAAAGGGGAGUCUGGCAAAGAAGAAGCUCAUUCUACAGAAAGUUCCGACUCGCUACAAACCAUAAUAUUAGUCGAACCAGCUUCGAAGGAAAAAUCGGAAACUCCGCAGCUGGGAGUAGCUUUAACAAAAGAUCAACUGAAACAAAUGACAACCGACAUCAAAACCCUACAAGAUGAAGUAAAAGGGCUUAAAGAUCUCCCAAGUAGCCUUGGUUUAAUCGAAGCUUGUAGGAAUAGCAGAAACAGCACAAGCAGCAACUCACCAAUCUUGGACAUGUUCCAGAUACUCACAUUGGUCAAAAGACUAGACGCUACUGAAUUGGUAGUGACCAAAAUGGCAUCGAUGAUAGAAGACUUGGCUCAAGGCCAAACAGCUUUAGCAGAUAGUGAAGGCAAAACGGAGGAAGAGAUAAAAGAACAAGCUUCAAAUUUAGAAGCGAUAAAGUCGUUCAAAAGCCAAACCGCACAGCUCGCACGAUCAGCACACACGCAAUCUAGGAAAUCUUUGGACGAUACAAGCGGAGGCGGCAAACAAAUUCAAGACAUCAUCAAUCAUGUAAACGAAUUGGAAGCCAAAGUGAACGAAUUAGCCGAAAAAUCCACUGAGUUAGAAGAAAAAACUACAAAAUUGGCAAGUAAAAAAAGAGCCAGCUUUGACGAAUCCAAAGAUAAUCAAGCAAGGUCACCAAAACCAAGCCUCGUAACGCAACAAGAAUCAUCCACAGGUGAUUUGGAGUUUGAUGCAAUCGACCUCAAAACUUACCCCCCCAAUGAAGCCAUAGCAAUUUUACAACGUGAAAUAUUGAGCAUGAAAGAAAUCGAUUUGCCCAGUCAGGCUGGCAUGGAAGCUUUAAAGGAAGUGGAACAAUUAAAACAAGCUUUACUAUCAAACGAUGCAUCCAGUAGCUUUUCACCCGAUGUUAAGGUCGGACAAAUCGAAAUCAAAUUGAACGAGCUCAAAGACCAAUUGGGCACUAUGGAUACGGUAGAUCAUCAACAAUUUGCCGAUAUCAAUACGAAAUUAGAUCGUUUGGAACAAGAAAUAGCAGCUUUAUGGGAACGAAUUAAUUUAGGUUUGUCUGCAGGCGGUAGUGCUUCCACGGCAGGAAAUUCGCAAGUCCAAGACUUUCACAAUAAAAUGCUGCAACUCCAAGAAGAAAUUCAUAUGAUAAAUAAGGCUACUGUUGUGCUGGUGUCGGAGAGGGAUGAAAGGCAAACUACUUUUGAUAUGAUGAACGAACAAAUUGAAUUAUUGAAAACAGUAAAAGCGGACAGAGAAGAUCUAGAAGACGCGCUGGCCGAUAAAGCGGACGCUUGUCAAAUCAAUCGGAAAGUUUCGCACGAACAAUUCGACGCCGCCUACGAGGAAGUAACGAAAAGUUUGGAAGCCACCAUGGAAAAAUUGGCAACUCAAGAAACAUUGUGGGUGCAAUCGCUGGCCGAUACCCAAAGAGACCUGGGCAAUAAGCUGGAUAAAAUGGAACUGGGCUCUCUUAAAGAGUUUAUAGAUCAUAAACUGAAAGCGAUCCAGGACAGAUUCAAGAAGAUGUCGUCGUUGAAGCAAGAACACGAGGCCGCAGGAACCAAAACUAAAAUUCUAAGAAACGUUAAUUGUAUAAGCUGUGAUGCAGAUGUAGUAAUGAAAAAGACUACAGACAUAACAAUGUACUCGAAGCCCUAUGCAAUGCCAGCAGCUAAAAGCCCUGGUCCUUAUUUAGCAUACGAGAUGGAUUUGUUAAGGAAACAACAAAAAGGAAUUACCAUGGGCAAAAAUUUGAAUGUUCUUGAGGCCGCUAUGGGCCAGAAACAUUUAGAGGGCGAUGAUCAUAUUUGCAACCGUUAUUGCGGCGGUAGCCAUACAGUUACCACGUCCAAGCAAAGGGUGAUCCGUCUAGGGCACUUUUUGAAACAAUGGGGCCCCGAAAUUGCUCCGGUGCAAGAUGUUCCAAUUAAAGGGACAGACGGACGGCUUUACAAAGGGCGAGAUGACACGGCUCUAAGGGCGGCCGCACUCGAGAGACCUCCAAGUCCAAAGGUCGAAGCGCCUAUUAUGAAUGUGAUGCACAUUAAUACGAGUAAGGGUGGAGCUUCCCAAGAGAUAUUGAAGAGUAUUCCCCAAAUUCCAAGUCAAGUCCCACCUAAGAAAAGUGUCCGCUCAGUCAGCUCAGCCGAAAUGAAAAAGCAAUCCGACUAACAGAACAUUUUGUUAAUAAACUGUUGAACUUUCCGAAAUAAAAAUUAUUAAAUAUUAAAAAAUCUAAAUUAUUGAGUUAUAGGCGGGCGGCAGAGGCCCAUUUACGAUCAGAAACCCAAUAUUUUCGUAUAACUUAUUGAAACUUGAAAAUAAAUCAUGAUUUAAGGCCGGCACGAGUGUGGCUCUUCUUUGAAUUCGGUAUCCUCCGCAUUCUUUCAAAUCUGUUGACCCCCAUAAUCUAUGAAAUUGCGA